UGAAGAGAGAGGUGAAAACACACAGCACGCGUCUGCACGGACUAUAUGCCGCUCACAAGUUUGGAGAUAACCGAAGUCAAGGACAGAUUUGUAGUUUGUCCUGUUAAACUUCUCCUGAUGCCGUUAUGUUCGCUAACGCUACGUUGACCGACGUGAAAUAUCACUUAUUUUUACCGGGACUGUGCACGCGCGUUUUUCAUGAAAGUAUGUUACGGACCUGGAUAUUGAGGAUCAGUUUGUACGAUGUGAAGACUUUGUUUUGAAAAGUGAUAUUUUUUCAAAUAGGUUUAAUUCAGAUGGAUAUUCAUUUUUGCGUUUUGAACUGAAUGACAAAGGAAGCGUUCCUUGAAACACUGCUAAUGUAAGCAGUCUAUAUGGGACUAUACAUUCACCUAUAAGACCAAAAUUAUCCUCACUUCGGUCUUUAUACAAGGAAAGUGUCUUACCUCAUUCAAAAAGGGGUGACUGAAAAUCCAGCAUGGGACCUCUUAAAAUUGUAAUUUCUCUAUGGUGUCAGCUGGUCAUUGCACACAGCCUAGAUAUCAGCUCUUAUGAUUUGGAAAGAGGGAGACCGGCUAAAUGUGAGCCUAUCACCAUCCCCAUGUGCCAAGGCAUUGGGUACAACCUCACACGGAUGCCCAACUUCAUGGACCAUGACAGUCAGAGGGAAGCUGGCAUAAAACUCAAUGAAUUCGCCCCGCUGGUGGAGUACGGUUGUGACGUGCACUUGAGAUUUUUCCUCUGCUCUCUUUUUGCCCCGAUGUGCACGGACCAAGUGUCCACAUCCAUUCAUGCUUGCCGUCCAAUGUGCGAGCAGGCCCGUCAGAAGUGCUCGCCCAUAAUGGAGAAGUUUAAUUAUGCCUGGCCAGAUUCUUUGGACUGCUCUAAACUGCCCACCAGAAAUGACCCCAACGCCCUGUGCAUGGAGGCUCCUGAGAAUGAUACCAAAACCGAGACCAAGAAAGGAGAAGGUAUGCUGCCAGUACAGCCCAGAUCCAGGCAGCCUGGCCCUGUGAAAGGGCGCUCUGGGGGCAGCGUGGGAGUUUGUGAGAACCCGGAAAAGUUCCAAUAUGUGGAAAAAAGUGAGACGUGUGCUCCACGCUGCUCCUCUGCAGUGGAUGUGUUCUGGUCCAGACAGGAUAAGGACUUUGCAUUCAUUUGGAUGGCGGUUUGGUCGACUUUGUGCUUCGUUUCCACGGCUUUCACAGUCCUCACCUUCCUUCUCGACCCACACCGCUUUCAGUAUCCAGAGCGACCCAUCAUCUUCCUCUCCAUGUGCUAUAACGUUUACUCAGUCGCCUUUAUCAUUCGUUCCGUGGCUGGGGCGGAGAACAUCGCAUGCGACCGUGAGAACGGGGAGCUGUACAUCAUUCAAGAAGGCUUGGAGAGUACAGGUUGUACCAUAGUCUUCCUCAUACUCUACUAUUUUGGCAUGGCAAGCUCCAUCUGGUGGGUUAUCCUCACUAUUACCUGGUUUCUGGCCGCAGGUAAGAAAUGGGGUCACGAGGCUAUCGAAUCGCACAGCAGUUACUUCCACAUGGCAGCCUGGGGCAUACCCGCCCUGAAGACCAUAGUCAUCCUCACUAUGCGAAAAGUUGCAGGCGAUGAGCUCACUGGACUCUGCUACGUGGGUAGUAUGGACGUGGGGGCGCUUACCGGCUUUGUCCUUGUACCUCUGUCUUGCUACCUCGUCAUCGGAACGUCUUUCAUCUUGACCGGCUUCGUGGCCCUCUUCCACAUCAGAAAAGUGAUGAAAACCGAAGGCACCAACACGGAGAAGUUAGAAAAGCUGAUGGUGAAAAUCGGCAUCUACUCCAUCCUCUACACGGUCCCUGCCACGUGUGUCAUCAUAUGCUACUUCUACGAGCGACUCAACAUGGACUACUGGAAAUUCAGAGGAUUGCAGAGCAAGUGCACCACAUUCCCAGACCGUAGGAACGAGGACUGCUCCCUGGAGUCUUCGGUGCCCACGGUGGCCGUGUUCAUGCUGAAGAUCUUCAUGUCACUGGUGGUGGGAAUCACCAGCGGUGUGUGGGUCUGGAGCUCUAAGACGUUGCAGACUUGGCAGGGACUGUGCAGCAGGAAGUUGACAGACAGGACUUGCAGGAAACACUGCGGUGGGAGUUGCAGCACCGGUCACUGUCACUACAAAGCACCUUCCGUCAUACUGCACAUGUCUAAAACUGAUCCCUACUCAGACAGUCCUACGCAUGUAUGAGCACAGCCUGGAAUAAACACACAGACCGUGGACUGGUCUGUUUUGUACUGCAAAGAGGCGGAACGCAGGCAUUUCUCUGUGUAUUGGACUUCACGAAAGGCACAUUUGAGUGCUGUGAAGAGACGGAAAAUAAACUGAAAACCCAACAUUGCAGCCUCUCACUAAACAACAGACUUUUUUAUUUAAUAUGAGAAUUAUUUCAUUGUAGAAAAGGAAAAAAUAAGAAGUAUUCACACCCUUAACAGUAAUAGAUGAUAACUCUCGCGUGCAGAAAUUCACACAUUUCCCUCUGCAUAAUUGUUACAUUUUCAGGACUAUUUAUUGUAUAUAUAUUUAAUUUUGUUGAGUCUUUGUUUCUCACAAGAUGGUUAAAAAGUGCCUUUUGGAGAAGAAAAUAAAUGUUAUAUAUUUUCAA